AUGUCGUCGAAGGACAGCAGUCCUCUCGCAAUUAUCUUAUUUAUCUUAGUGCUGUUGGUCCAUGUGUCAUCAAGGGUAUCUGCAGCGAAACCUCUGGUGGUAGCGUUCCAAAAUCAGCCACUGAUUGCCUCCAAGCUGCAGGACUUGUCGUCACCCCCGGAGGAAUGGACGUUGCAGUGGGUAGAAGAUACCAGUUUUGUCCACUCUCCAUUCCAAGUGUCAUCAGAAGAAGAGGAUGAAAUAAUCAACAAACCACCCAGAAGAAUCUUGUGGAUGGGAAGAAUGGACGAUAGAUCCUAUGAUCCUUCCUAUUAUUCAUCUAGACAAGCAAAAGCCAAACUGCCACAGGCGUCCCAUCCCUUGCGCAUGGAACAAUGGAAUCUCACCCUGGCUUGGAAAGAAGAAAGGAGACAACGAGAUAAGAUUCUGACGUUUGAAUUCAACGAAAAUGGAUACGUUCGUAGUCGACACCCAAACAGAGCCAAGAAUACCUACCAACAACCACCAAAAAAGAGACAGUAUACCCAACAAUACUACAAGAAGAAACUAUGGAAAUUGCUGCCAGAAAGAAUACAAAAGCGCUCGGCUGCCUUGGGUAUACUAGCACCACCACCAGAAGAAACAACGUUACCCUAUUUCGUGGCAGGGACUUGGAAACUGGCCCCGUCGGGAGUCACUUGGAACAUGAGAUGGGAUGGCAAAACAUACCAUUUCUUUGCCGACUUACACGCCAAUCCGUUUGGACGACAUCCCAAAAUGUUUCGAGGAAUUGUCAUGCGAGAUCGUAGAUCUUUUCCCCUGCGACUACUCUUUCGGCCCAUUGUCGCAACCUUUUCCGGCAGGGGGGUCGGCGCAGAUACCGCAGACUUUACCUACAAGAGUCGGGGAGGGGUGUAA